UUGCUUGCCUGGUACUUCCCGCAUCAAGCACCUCGAGCUCCGAUCCCUGUCCACCUGCAUAAACGAACUCGUUGUUAUUCUUUGCAACUAGCUGAGCUAGAAAUGGGGAGGCAACCGUGCUGCGACAAGGUGGGGUUGAAGAAGGGGCCGUGGACGGUGGAGGAGGACCAGAAGCUCGUCAGCUUCCUCCUCAACAACGGCCAGUGCUGCUGGCGCGCCGUGCCCAAGCUCGCCGGACUGCUGCGCUGCGGGAAGAGCUGCCGGCUGCGGUGGACCAACUACCUGCGGCCUGACCUGAAGCGCGGGCUGCUGUCGGCGGAGGAGGAGAAGACGGUGAUCGACCUGCACGCGGAGCUGGGCAACCGGUGGUCCAAGAUCGCGUCGCACCUGCCGGGGAGGACCGACAACGAGAUCAAGAACCACUGGAACACGCACAUCAAGAAGAAGCUCCGGAAGAUGGGCAUCGAUCCCGUCACCCACAAGCCCCUCCAGCCCGCUCUUUCUGCUCCUCCACAGGCAGAGGAGGAAGACAAGGUCGCCGCCGCCGCCGCCGUGUCAAGUGAGGGGGUCAGAAACGAGGCGUUCUCCCUUAGUGAGGUGCCCAUGGUGGACCUCCUUGACGAUGUCGUCCUGCCGCCAUGCGACCUCGUCGCGGGUGAACCGCCGGCCAGUAACAGUGGCAUUGACACGGCUUGUUCGCCCGAUCAGUCUUCCUCCUCGUCGUCGUCGCCUUACUCUGGCUCUGCAGCUGCGUCGAGCUGUGGCAGCAGCGUCGCCGAUGGAGAGUGUCCGGAAUGGCUGGAGUGGGCGGAGUCGAUGUUGCUGGACGACGACGCGGUCACGGGGCCGGCGCCGUGGGCGUUCGAGGACCCCUUCGUCACGUACCAGAGGAUCGUGCUGUUCGAUCACCAGGAGGCAUGGUGACCACGGAAACAUGCUACUCCCAAGGGUGUUCACAUGAGUAGUGCCACUGCGCCUAAUAAACCAUACCCCAGCGCACUUAGUCAGAUUUCAUAGUCCCAAGAGCGGCGCCAUUGGUUUGUCCUCACCCAUGGUUGGAUCCAGCUACCCCUUAGGCUUCUCCAAGUUUCUCUUGUUUUUUGUUUUUAUUAUAAGGAGCAAGUCUGAGAUUAACACAUGUACG